AUGCUCAGUCGCGAUGCCCGGUGGUGCGCCCUGGUCGUUCUAGCGGGCGUCCUCGUGCGUGUAUUUGUGUCAUGGGCGAGCAGCUGGGGUGAGCAGCUGGUGGACCGUCCUGAGCUCGCGACGCCAAUGGAUCGCCUGGCACUGUUGCGCGAGACGCAGUACCUGCUGACCGUGCUGAAUGUCCCUGCGAAGGUUCUGUGGCGUUCCAACGGGCUGCAUCACUCGCCACUUCUGCUAAAGUUGCCUGCGCCGUGGCUCGCAGACCCGUGGACGUCGGCUUGCGCGUGGAUCGCCCUGGAUGCGGUGUCUGGCGUGGUGCUCGCGGCCCUGGCCUCGACGCUGGCCAGACGCGCCGAGCGCCAUGUGUACAUCGUGCCGGCCUUUGUAGCCGCAUGCUUCCUACUCAACCCCUACGCGAUCGCAGCCUGUGCGGCCAAGUCGAUGAGCCAGCUGCGCACGUGUCUUACGCUCCUCGCGCUGCUCGGCGCGGUGCACGGUGUGUCGCUCCUCGUCGCGACUGCGCAGGCCCUCAGCACGGUGCUGUUUAUGAAUCCGUUGUGUGUGACGCCCGCGCUUCUGCUGCUCGGCGCCGACGCGCACGCACAGUAUGGCCGGUGGCGCGCGCGCUUUGGGCAGCGGCAGUCGGACGCAUGGUCACAGUGGCUCCGGCGCACUUCUGUGCGCUAUGCAGGCUGGCUCGGCGUCUUUCUAGUGCUCUCUGCCCUGUACUCGCGCGAUUCAACGCUUUCGUUCGUGCGCAGCGUGUACGGAAGCCGCCUCCUGGUGGACGACUUGUCGCCGAACGCGGGGCUCGUGUGGUACUUUUUCGUGGAAAUGUUUCCCCACUUCCGUGCCUUCUUCACAAUGGUCGUCAACCUGCACACGCUAUCGUACACGGUGCCUGCGCUUAUCAAAUGGCGGAGUGACCCGCUGUUUGCCGCUACAGUUCUCGUCGGCAUCCACGCCCUGUUCCAGACGUACCCCUCGGCAGGCGACUCGGCGCUGUACCUCGCGCUGUGGAGCCUGAACUAUCCGCGCCUCUCCGCCUACCUCCGAUACCCCAUGGUCACGAGCAUGCUGUUCCUCUACUCAGCGCUGCUCUUCCCCGCAUUCCACUACUUGUGGCUGUAUACGGGCUCGGCGAACGCCAACUUUUUCUAUGCCGUCAAUCUUGUGCAGGCUCUGGGCCUGGGAAGCCUGCUGCUCGACAGUGUGUGGGCCUGGGGGCGCGAGCGCUGGGAGCUCGAGCGCCUGGCCCAGGGCGCGAGCCGCCCCGGUGUGCGGUACGUAGUGCAGCGAUAG